UAUUCUGACUGCUAUCUUCCUUACCGCUUGUAGAAAGUUGAAUCAAAAGAAGAGAAGCCUGCCUCGAGUAACGGCACUUCCAUUGUUACGACUGAAGGUCCAAGCCAAUCCACACAGGAAGAAAGUACAAAAGUUGAGAAGAAGGAGAGCCAAACGCUUAUGCCAAAUUCUGGUAGAUCCUUGAGUUCGAUUUUGGGAACUUCACAUUUCAACAAAGGUCGCUCGAUCGGCUUGACAAAGAAGCGCAGCGUGCCCUCUUUGCAUCUCAACAGACGUGAGCCGCCAAAAGCACGUAAAAGUAUGUUGAUCAAACUUGAACACAAGAAGAAGAAAGGACAAACGAACGAUUGUAGUGACGAUGAGGAAGCAAAUCCGUUCAAACGACGUGAAGGCGAAAGUGAACAAGCAUACAUGUUGCGUGUAUGCGAUGAGGAAGGCAACCAUGACGUGGACAAUUCUAAAUCGCGAGAUCGACAAGAUUUUGAUGGCAAUGGAAAGGAAGCAGAAGAGUUCAUUCCAGAUGAUGAUGAAGAUGAACACAUUGACCGUGGCGAGGAGGAAUGAUAUCAAUGAACGAGAACAAUUUUGGCCUUGUAUUAUAGUGUAUAAAUGAGAAACCUUUGAAGCAAC